GCUAAUACUGUGAUGUUUUAGGAGUUUGUAAUUUCGAAAAGAAUUAAUCUUCUUUAUCGAUCUUUAUCGAUAGCAAAUUAAAGAGGUUAGUAAAAUGAUGAAGUUUGUCAAUGUUUUUUGUGUUUCUUACAGAACAUCGUCAUGCGACCCAACUGGUGUCUCAUCUGUCUGGUAUUCCUAUGCUUAUGCAGCACAUACCUCAUUUAUUGUAAACUGAAGAGGGAUUUCAGAAUGGAUUUGACAAGGACUUCACAAAUUGCAUCAGAAAAUAAUAAUGAUAAUGCAGAGAAUAAAGCGAGAUUUGUUACAAAAGAUUUGACAAGGAACGUCACAAGAGAUGCUUCAAGACCAGAAAACACAAAACAAAGUGUGAAGUAUAAAAGGCGAAAUCUUGUUACAGGAAAUACAAGAGAUGCUCCAAGACUCCAAAACAUAAAACAAGGAAAGGAUGGGUGUUGGGUCAGCAGGGAAAGUAACGGAGCCAGUAAUUAUACGGAGACAGACAGACGAGCAAAAGAUCUAUUUUUUGAAAGGUUAUCACGGGAAGAUAGAGAGAAAUUUAGGGACCUCAUUAGAACCUUCAGUGAACGUGUGCCUUCUAACAUCACCUACUUCAUCUAUGGAGGAACUUUACUGGGUUCCUACUCCCAUCACGGCUUUAUUCCCUGGGACGACGACAUGGACAUCAUUGUGAGGGAGAAUGACAAACGAGCAUUGAUGACAUUCCUGCAGUCCCUCCCACCCGAGUAUGAAGUCAACAGUUCAAAGAAACUACAGGAUUCUCUGCCUGAAACUCUGCGUCAAGAAAUCAUCCAUGUGAGUCAACUGCAUCUUGAGGUGCUCCUGGGUCACUUCAGCAUCCAUCUGGGAACGUAUCAUGUCGACCAAUCUCUCCGUAUGCUGUUUCAAACAGUUAAUAAAACUUUCUUUUAAAGCAAGUCGUUGGUCUUUGGGAAUUCCUUGUCGACGCCUGCUUUCUUUACAACA